AGGGAAGCGCUCUGACGCUGUCCCGAGCCGCCGCGAGGGGGAGCGGAGUUGAAAAGCUACGGCAGCCCCCAGAGGAUCAAGAGCUGCCCGAGCAGCUGCUGGGUGGCGGGUAACGGCCGCUGUCUCCUUCUUUGUUUUGGGUCCUUUUCCAUCCCUUAUCUUCGCACGCUGAUCGCUACCCGCAGUGCUUAACCCGGCAGCCAUGGAAGAGCGUCAGGCCGAUGACCCCCUGCGGCGCGGGGUCCCGGACUCGCCGAAGCGAUGAGGGUGUAGGGGGCGCUAAAGCUACCUUCCGCUCACCCUCCUGCCCUGCUCCUCCGCCCUCCCUACUUUGCUGUGGACCACCCCUGCCCACCCCAGCCUGCAGACUCGAUUAUUCUUUAACUUCCCUCUCCCCUCCUCCAGCCCCGCCUCGGAGCAGUAGCUGCCCGCCCCAUAGGGGGCGCUGCUGAGGAAGCUGUUGGUCCUCAUGCCAUCCCGCGGCUCCAUGCGGAGGAGGAAUAGGAGCCCCUGAGAAAGACGAAGAGACUAGGGGCACGGGCUCGUCCUCCGCCCGCCCCCGCCUCCAGCUGUGCGUUUUCCGUCCUCCCUCUAACCCCCUGACUCUCCAAAAUGUGGCAGAGCGUGGGGUUGACCCUGCUGGUGAUCGUAGCUACGCUGCUCUGCGUUCUGCUCUUCAUGCUGUGCGGUUGGUAUGUCGUUUGGCAUCUGUUUUUGUCCAAAUUCAAGUUCCUCAGAGAACUAAUAGGAGACACAGGAUCCCAACAGGGAGAUAAUGAGCCUUCAGAGUCGGAAGCAGAGCCGGAGACUCCACCCACUCCCCAGAGGAUCAGAUCCAAAACUGUUUGGCAUCGGAGGCCACCUGUAGAAGAAACUUCGACCUAACAUAGCAGCACCUGGGCAUUUCUCUUUAAGAAAUGAUGAAAGGUGGUUGCUUCUAUGUGACUGAAUGGUUUUAGGAUUUAUUGAGAUUCUGAUUAAAGAACUUGUAUUCUUGGAUUUUCAAAACUACUUUAGGCAAUUAGAAGAGGUUUGCAUGAAAGCCAUAUAGAAAUAAAGGGAAUAAAAACCAAACUAGACCAUUGCAAGUUUUUCCAUCUUAAAAAAGUAGCCAUGUGUACCACUUCCUGUUUCUUUGAUUUAUUUCCUUCUACUAGUCUGACUAUGAUAAAUGUAAAAGGCAUCAAGUAGUUUUCUUUAUAGUACAAAAAUUAUUUAUUAGCAAACUUAAUUUGAAACUUUAUUGAUUAUUCUUUUAAAAAUAUAUUUUUUUUCUAUGUGAUUUAUUAAAAAACCCUUGAUCACCUACCUGGAAAUUAUUUCUUAGAUUACAGCUUUUAUAUGGAAGAACUUCAUGCUAAAUUCAUUAGUUGUGGAGAUAGUAGUCCUUAAAAUACAGUGAGAUGAUUGCAAAGGUCUUUUUUUUUUUUUUUUUUUUUUUUUUUUUUUUUUUUUUGGAGAGAAAAGAAGGUUAGAUAAUGGUAGAAAGAAUUAAAACUUGCAUACAUAAACAAUGAUUGUUACUAGGCUUCCAUGUUUAUCUUAGAAGAACUUUAGACAUGGUAUUUGCCACAGAUAAAAAGGUUUAUGGGUUAAUUAUCUUCACUGUUUAUUUUCCUCAAUUGUCACUUGCCUCGUUCAAGUAUUAAUAACAUAUCCACCCCACUAUAUAAUGUCUUUUUUAUAUUACAUGUUUGGUACCAAAUAUUUUUUUUCUUUUUCCUCUCAAACUAGUUAUUUUCAAUUUUUACAAAACUUCACCCUGCUUUAAUCUUUUAUAGUUUUGUGGAAUUAUUUGGGUAGUUCAUGUUUCAUGAUGAUGAUAUACUUCUUUAAUGGUGCAGUUAAUGAUUCCUGAAUAUUGUAUACAAGUUUUGUCAGUGUAAUUAAUUACAUUUUUUUUAUUGUGGCUAUUCAGGAAUUCUGAAAGAAGAUCGAUCCAAAGACUAUUAUCCCAAAUCUUGGGGGAAAGAUAACCUUGGAAUUUAUAUUUUGGGACAAUCUGCCUUGUUUAGAUAAUCCCUUGGUUGAUGUCUUACUUUUUGUGUUACUAGUGUCAAAACACUCUUUCUGAACAGGUAAACAUACAAAUCAUUAAUCCUACAUUUGAGGGGUGACUUGUGUAAAGCACAAGGGAAGCAGUAAAAUAAUCACCCUAAUAAAACCUUUAAUUCUGAGAAAAAAAUGAUUAAAUUGAAAAUUUUAUAAUUAAAUUCUAAUAACUAAAUUCUUCAUUGACUAUACUUAGCUGAGAAACACUAAAUAGCUAGUAAGCUUCCUUUCCUGCUAGUAUUAUUGUAGAAUGAAUGUCUUGACUCUUCCUUGAAAAUAAUAAAACUAUCACUCCAAAGUAAUUGCUUCCACAUCAAGUAUUUUUGUGGGGAGAGAGGGAAAGAGAAGAAUGGUAAGGGAGGAUACUAUGUUCAGACACUUAUGUUAUAAUUAUGUUUAGUUUUUUCAGGGUUAUACUUUUUAGGAGAUUUUGUACUUAACCUUUUUUAUAUUAGGUUAGAAGGAGGGAAUUCACAAAAGCAUUGAUAUUCCAACCCUUGCCCUCCUCAUUGUCAUAAAAAUUGAAUUGGCCUUGCUAUUCCUAAAGCUACCUGUUCUACUUUUGGGCCAGCUUUGUUAUUAGGAGGCUUAUCCUUCAGUUAUCCAGUAUUUAGUUUGUCAGUAUAAUUUUGUGGAAAGGGAAUCACUGAUGUAGGUAAUAUAAAAUUCCUCUAGCUAUAAGCUGAUGUUGAUUGGUUUGUUAUUUCAAGAUGUUAAGAUACUCACAUUUCUGAGGUCACAGUGUAACUUAAUUGUGUUUUCCUAGCUUUUUUUCCCACAUGAUGAGUGAACCUUCCCCCCCACCCCCCCAGAACUAUCCAUUUUUAAAGGAAGUAUCACACUUCUAUAUUAGAACAUAAAACAGCUUUUAAGCAUUCAGAACACAUUUUAAGCCUUUUUCUUAAAUGAAAUGGAAAGAGAAAUGGAUAGCAAAUCUUAUAUGCUUAGUGUGGAGUAUUAUACUUUCUAAUUCUGUUGGCAAUUCUUUUUUUUAUCUGAAUAAUUCACUCCUACUGUAUUUUAAGAAAUCUUUUAAGAAGUACAGUAGGAAUAGCCCAUAAUCAUUUUCAAGUUUCAAAAGUUUUGUUGCUGUAAAAUAUGUAAAUCAGAAUAUAAUAUUUCUUCAUUAAUUGAAUUCUUGUAUGUUUAGCAUGAUGGUGACUUUGAACCAAAAAUUCAAUUUCAUAAGAAAACAGACGCUGAUUCUAGAACUAAUUUUUUUUUUUUUUUAAAUCAAGUGUAUAGUACUAUGGAGAGUAAUUCUGUAGUUAAGAACUCAAAGCUUUGUCUUUCCUUGACUCUAUCCCCAAAUAUUCCUCUUCCUUCUACCUAAAAGGGAUAUGUGUAACUUUGUAGAUUAGGUAGUUAUUUGAAUAAAGAUUAGCCAAAUCAGUUGCAAUGCUGUGAACUAGAUGCCAAUAACACUAAUCCUUUGAAUAACACUGUUAAAUGAUGCUCUUGAUCUUUAUAGUAAGCUAAUGUUAGUACUCAUAGAAUUUGAAAUUUUUCUAAUGAACUUAAUAAUGAAGAUAUAAAUGCAUUACAGGAAUAUGAGAGAGAACCAGUUCAGAGACUUUUUGGCCAGUGUCCUGUGACACUUAACUGUAUCAGACUGCUCUGUAAGUUCACAAAAACACGUCAAGGUUCUAUUAUAGUACAAGUGUAGAACUUCAUGAAGUCUAGAGUUCUGAAGAACAUAUUAUGCUUUUAGAAUAUCUUGACAUUUUUACCAAAAUACAUUUUGUAAAAUGUAAAACAUAGCUCAUCUUUUUAUUUUUAACAAAAAAAAAAAAAUCUUAAAUACAGAUCACCUAAAUCAGUGGUAUAAUCUUUAAAAAAUGGCAUUUGUCUUAAAAAAAAAAAAAGUAUGCCUUAGUGUUAUACCCCAUUUAGUGAAUGUAAUUUUAGGUUUUUGUUUGACAGACUUCAAAUAUUUCCUUAUUUGAAGUUGCCUCAAUAACGUGAACAGCAAUCACAAUACAUACUGUAUAAAGCAGUUAUUGGAAUAGGUUUUUGCUAUGAAGUCUAAAUUAAACACUGGGUAUUAUCUGCUUUCAAUGAUUAGAUAAAUUAUGGUUUCAAACCUAGAAAGCAUAAAGAGUUUUGUUCUCUUUUAAAACUAUUAGUAGAGGGUUUAAAUAAAAAUAUGUUAACAAGUACUUGCUGACUUUUAUUUUAUGGUGAAUGUUUAACAUAUCCAAAAGCUUAAUGCUAUGCAGCUCAUUCACCAAAUACUGCUGCUGUGGCUACUUAAACAGUAAAUACUGUGUGAUGUGCUGCAAAACAUUGUCAACCUGCUGCUUGAUGUUAGGUUUACAUUGAAUUAGAUUUGUGUUUUAUUAUAGUACCUUUUUGUACAAAGAUAUAUCACAUCUUUUGGAAGUUAUGAGGAAUGUGUAUAAAUGGUUAUUUUGCCUCUUCAGUGUUCAAAGUGAUAACUGUUAGAUAUUGUACCUGAUGCUUUUGUGGUUUGUCUUUAUCAUGUUUCUUUCAACUGUUUCAUUUUAAACUGACUUUACAUAAAAUAAAUAAAAAUGGAAAGUAACUAAAUAAUGUAGAUGUCUAAAAUCCUUAAGGUACAAUGAAUAAAUGGUGGGUUUAUUCAUUGGUCCUAGAAUAAUUUGAAAUCUUGGUUCUUAGUCCUAGAAUUAUCUGAAAAUUGCUUUUAGUGUAAUCACUUUAUUAGAUAGUGCUGGUGGUUUAGCUAACCUAGCCUUGAUAGUUCUUGGUAAACCAAAAAACAAACAAACAAAAAAACAAUCCCAGGGUAGUCCAGGCUGAAGACUAUUACUACAUCAAUCAACUAUAGGACUUUAUAUAAUUUGUUGAAAUAAUACUUUAUUAUUUACUGCAUUUCUAUUAAUGAAAUUGGCAGCUACUGUCAGAUAAGAGAUAGCAUCUUAGAUAUAAACAAGAGACUAUAACCAUAUAACUGAAGGGACUCAAGUUUAUAGUUAUUUAUAUGGCACAUCAUUUUAUUCAUUGAAGUUCACUUAUGUUUUCUCAUUCAUCACAGUUGCCUUAUGUGGUAAGUAGGACAGAUAUUAUCCCUACUUUAUUGGUAAGAACUUUUGGGAUUUUAUUUUCAAAUGACUUGGCCAAAGUUAGGUGCAAUAUACCAUAUUGGAAAUGGAUGUUAAAGAUAAAUGAAUCCAGGUUUUAAAAUAGGGGACCAUAUAAAAAAAAUCUCAAGUAUAUGGUCCACAAUAUUGACUUCAAUCUCUCAUUGAUACAAGCUAUCAAACAUGACACAGGACAAUAAUGGUAGUAGUGAUGGAUAGUUUAAGACCUGAUGGUCUCCAAGUUAUCUGAUCUGUGCUCACUAAUUAGGCAAAAAUAUUUCAGUAAAACUCUUAGGCUUUUUGCAUCUUAUCAGUCAGAAUCUAUGCUAACACCCAAGUCAUUUUACAUUUGAGAAAAGUGAAGGAUUAGAUGGCUUGUCCAUGUUCACAAAACUAUUCGCAUACAAAAUUAAGAAGCAAUUCACAAUGUAUUUACUGUGAUUUUUAAUAUUGUGUAUCUUAAUAAAAUAGGACUCUUGUUGAGAA